UCAAAAAUGGUUUUGCCCAUGCUUUGUACAUAUCCACAUGUACAUCCCCACCUCAUGUUGGGAAGGAGGCUCUUUGUUAAACAAAUUGUAAAUAGCACAUUGUAGGUUUGAAGUCCACUGAGAAGUACUUACUGUCAAAUGUUUUAUUUUACAGUGUAAUGUUCAGGCUCAGAAAUGCCUUAUGUGGAUCGUCAGAAUCGCAUUUGUGGUUUUCUAGACAUCGAGGAAAAUGAAAACAGUGGGAAAUUCCUUCGAAGGUACUUCAUACUGGAUACCAGAGAAGAUAGUUUUGUAUGGUACAUGGAUAACCCACAGAACUUACCUUCUGGAUCAUCACGUGUGGGAGCCAUUAAACUUACCUACAUUUCAAAGGUUAGCGAUGCAACUAAGCUAAGGCCAAAGGCUGAGUUCUGUUUUGUUAUGAAUGCAGGGAUGAGGAAAUACUUCCUACAAGCUAAUGAUCAGCAAGACCUGGUAGAAUGGGUAAAUGUGUUGAACAAAGCUAUAAAAAUUACAGUACCAAAGCAGUCAGACUCACAGCCUCAUUCUGAUAACCUAAGUCGCCAGAGUGAAUGUGGGAAGAAGCAAGUGUCUUACAGAACGGACAUUGUUGGCGGUGUGCCCAUCAUUACCCCAACUCAGAAAGAAGAAGUAAAUGAAUGUGGUGAAAGUAUUGACAGAAAUAAUUUGAAACGGUCCCAAAGCCAUCUUCCCUACUUUGCUCCUAAGCCACCCCCAGACAGUGCAGUCAUCAAAGCUGGAUAUUGUGUAAAGCAAGGAGCAGUGAUGAAAAACUGGAAGAGAAGAUAUUUUCAAUUGGAUGAAAACACAAUAGGCUACUUCAAAUCUGAACUGGAAAAAGAACCCCUCCGUGUAAUACCACUUAAAGAGGUUCAUAAAGUCCAGGAAUGUAAGCAGAGUGACAUAAUGAUGAGGGACAAUCUCUUUGAAAUUGUAACAUCGUCUCGAACUUUCUAUGUGCAGGCUGAUAGUCCCGAGGAGAUGCACAGUUGGAUUAAAGCAGUCUCUGGUGCCAUUGUAGCCCAGCGGGGGCCUGGCCGGUCAGCGUCUUCUGAGCAUCCCAGCUGUGCUUCCGAAUCCAAACCCGCUUGCCGCUCUGCCGGCGCAGCCGCCAGCCCACAUUCCGCAGCCUCUCGCAGCAACUCUUUGGUCUCAAGCUUUACCGUGGAGAAGCGAGGAUUUUACGAAUCUCUUGCCAAGGUCAAGCCAGGGAACUUCAAGGUCCAGACUGUCUCUCCAGGAGAACCAGCUUCCAAAGUGACUGAACAAGCGCUGCUAAAACCUCGAAGUAGAAAUGGCCCUCAGGAGAAGGACUGUGACCCCGUGGACUUGGAUGACGCGAGCCUUCCGGUCAGUGACGUGUGAGACGGAAGCGCGUGGAGCCUCACCUGCCUCCUCGGCCCUUCUAGCCAAAGAUGAUAGAGGACGAAAUGGUUUUUAAUACACAUAUUAUACUGCCUCUUUGAUGUACUCUUUAUAAGCUGGUAAACCAAGAAUCUAGGGAGUGGCCAAAUGUAAUUUCUUUAAAAAAAAAACACAACACGAGAAAAAAACCUGUUUCAGUAUCAACUGUCUGAAGCUUCGUGUGCUCUCUUUUGGGUGAUGAAAAUGUGUGUGUGGUAUUUUUUCCUAGUGAAUUUGACAGUUUAAAUGUUUAACAACUUAAAACAUUAAAAAUGCAUAUUAAUUAUUUUGGUUGUUUUUAAAAUGCUACUUAGAUUUCCUAUUAGAUGCUUGAUAUUUACAUAUUCUUACUGGUGAAUAUUAUUGAAUGAAAUAUUGUCAGACUAAGAUAUCUAAAAUCAUGACGUCUGUGGUGCUGUAAAAUUUAUACUACAGUGUGGACAGCUUGGAAACGAUAACCAUCUCUGUUGCUCUGGGCGUUGAGGUGAGUGGCCAGUGUUGUGUAGAGGAGAUCGUUGGACCUGUUAGUGAGGGUUGUAGGUUGCAUGGGGUGGAAAUUAGAAGUCACACAGCUGUGUCUUCGACAUGAGUUGGAAAAAAACUUGGGACUUGCAGCAGUCUUUGCUUUUAUGAAACAGUGAAAAUGAUUUGGUGUGAAAUUUCUGGGUGAUCUGAUUUUCAUAUCAAGGUUUUAUAAAUAGUUCUUAUUUCUAUAUUUGGAUCAGUGAAAGACCUCAAGUGUAUAUGUAAAGACACUCUGCCCUUAGCUGUGUGAUUGCAGCCUCCCCUUUUUGUCCCUGAUUAACCUCUAUUCAAGCGCCUGUGUAUUCUCCUCUUGGAGGAUGUUGUUGGAAUAAUGUGCUCAGAAGUCCUACGUGAUCGGUUUUUAACAUUGGGAUAAAAUUAAUUUUCAGUAGCAUAGUUGAAUGUGCUCAGUAAGAUAUCUUCUCAUGGUCAAGAUGCCAGGAUGCUUUUAUUCUCCUACGUGUGCAAUAGAGAUGUUGUAAAACACAAAUUGGAGUAUAUGUUUAAUCACAGGGAUAUCGUAAAUGUCAGCACCGCUCUAAAAACCCUUAGUUUCAAGCGUUGAGUAAUAGACCAGUUUGAAGUACCAUUUUUACAGUUGAGUCUUAAACAUUUGCUUUAAGAAACUAGUCUUGAAUUUCACAUGCUGCUAUUUUUAUGAUAUUUUACCAUCUUACUGUGCUGUUUUGUUAUGAAUUCAUAUGUGUCCCUUUUUCUCCUUUGCAUUUUCUAAGAUGAUGUCUGGUUUGAGAAAAGGAGAGAGAUUUCCUACUACAGUGGUGGGGUCCAGAGGUUACCAUCUGUUAUAGGGGAAUUAUGGAAUCAGUUUAAAAAUCUAAAUGCAUUAAGUGCACCACUCAACUUUUUUAUUCAUAAGCUAAUAUUUUAAAAAGUUAUAUUUCUAUUUUUUCCUUUUUUGCAGCUACAUUGGAAAAUGGUAGAUGGAAAGUUUUAAGUAGCUAUCACUUUUUCUGCCAACGUAUCCAUUAUAAUGGCUCUUUUGAAAGUUACUUUUUCAUGAACACACCUAAGAAAUCCUGUGUAGACAGUUUGCAAUAUUUAGGAGCCUCAUGCUUUUUUCUUUGGUACAGCUUCUACAUUGCAUGUUCAUUUCAGCAUAUUUUGGUAUUGGUAAUUUGAUAUAUUUCAUAGUGGCAAAAUACUGGUUCUAUUUUGGGACUUUUUAUAGAACUGCCCUUGUAUUAAGUAGCAUAGGAAAAUGUUCUUGUGAUUGUCAGGGUCUCCUCUAAUAUUUAUCUCAAUACUUUUAUAAUUCUAUGAAGAUUAUUUAAUUAUUUUAAAACUUAUACUUUUCUUGUAAAUAUGUCACAUCUGAAUUGUCAACAAAUCACUUUGAAUACCUUAAUAUUUGCUGCAUUUUUUUUCUGUAUAUAUAACAUGUCUUCUUUCAGAAUGGGAAUGUACGUGUGCUUCCCAGUGUUUACUUUUAUGUCUGUUAUCUUUAUAAUGUCAAACUGGUUGAACACUGUAAUGACUUGAGAAUAAACUCAAAAUUCUAACUUA